CCCGGAAGUGGGUGGUGGAGUCUUCGUCAUCCAACUGCUCACACCACAGCCGACAUACUGUCUGCUGGGAUGUAGCUCAUAACUGGAGAAACUGGAAUAUUGUCCCGAAUCUGCGCACAAAUACUGAGCUUUUUUUGACGUUGGGAAUCUUAGCUUCUCCAGAAGAGGCAGGAAGACGCGCGUCACCACAAUGAUGGAGGAAAUAGACAGAUUCCAAGUGCCGAGUGCGGUGCAGGAGGCGGAGAUGCAGUCUGAGAUGCAGCCGCUGGACCCGGCUGCUUCCACUGCUUCCGAGGCUCACUCAGUCACCAGGGAGGGGGAGCCUGUUACCAUCAACUAUAAGCUCUCUCCGUUGCAGAGGAAAAUAGAGAAACAAAGAGAGCUGGCCAGAACGGGCUCACUGAAGAACUGCAACACUGUAGGGAGUCCAGUAAACCAGCAGCCUAAGAAGAACAAUGUUAUGGCCAGAACACGGUUGGUAGUGCCCAAUAAAGGCUAUUCCUCUUUAGACCAGAGUCCAGAUGAAAAGCCUUUGGUGGCCUUAGAUACAGACAGUGAUGAUGAUUUUGACAUGUCGAGAUACUCAUCAUCAGGGUACUCAUCUGCUGAGCAAAUCAAUCAGGAUCUGAACAUACAGCUGCUGAAAGAUGGUUACCGUCUAGACGAAAUCCCCGAUGACGAAGACCUGGAUCUGAUCCCGCCCAAAUCAGUCAAUCCCACCUGCAUGUGCUGUCAGGCAGCCUCCUCCACCACCUGCCAAAUCCAGUAACCCCUUCUCUGGCCUUCUGAGUCUUGCCCCUCCCAUACAUUAAGACCCCCACCUUCAUCCAGCCGUGAGUUCUUAAUGCCACUUUGGUGGCAAUGGUGAGGCAUUGGUAGAAUUUUGUCAUGAGAGGAAAGCGCUAUGGUGAUGACAAAGAGUGAAAUGAACAAACAGGUUUUAAACAUAAGAGGAGGAGCCAGAAGGAGAAUGAUCAAAAAGUAUUCAAAGAAAUCCUCAAAGUGGUGGAUUCCUCCUAUGGUAGGACGGACACUCCGGUUAGAGAGCUCCUCACUGUUGGAAUGAUGUGACACUACACUCUGGUAUAAUAGAUGACAAAUUAAAAGAAAAAAGGUCAGAUGAUGCUGUGAAGUGAUUUCUUUUGUCCUAAAGAGUAACAAACUUAACAACUGAUGAUUCAGAUAGUCUGCUUAUUUGUCAGUGAUUUGCAUUUUACUAGUUUUCUUUAAUUUUUUCAAACCUGGAGGAAAUCCGAGGGGUUGUAUGUUUGGACGCUCGGACUUGCAGAAUCAAAAACAGAGGAUUUCUGGUGUUGAUUGUAUUGGUAGCGGCUGAGGUGCAGCUCAGAGCUGCUUAAUAACACCUUCAAACCUGUGUUUCUGUGCCUCACUGGCUUGGAGAUGUUCAUUACAGUUUUCAUGGACGAAUGUAGGAAGCUGAGAAGCAAACUGCGUGAAGAGCAUGGGAUGAGGGAAUAUAUGGCGUAAAGUAGGUUUUUGCACAUUUGCUUUCACACUACUGUUGUGGCACUAGCUCAGCCUUGGUUAGUUCAAAUUUGCACAUUUUGUUUUUAAUUUGUUCAGUUCUGGUUGUUUUCCUGGUCAGCAGCAACAGUGGCUUAUCCGAUAAGGACUGUGUUAAAAGGGAAGACUUCAUACUCUUGAACAGGUUUUUGCACAUGCUCACAUCAUCCCUAAGUAAUGAAAACCAAAGGAAUAGAAACUUUAAAUAGAUCCACUGCAGCUUAUUAAGUUAAAACCUCGCUUUCAUCCCCAUUUAGCGUCACAAUCACUAAUGCUGCAUAUUACGACAGGAGCACAUAACAAGUACAGGCACCCAGACAGCUGUCUUUUCUUGCACACAAAUGCAUGCACAGACCUACACGUCCAAAAAUAAGGUUGCCUCUUUUGAUGGGACAGAAUCCCUUUUUGUAAUCUCGGUAUAAGCAUUAUUAACUUGGAUGACCUCUAAUCCCACAUUUACAAGCCUCUCUCUUCCCUGAAUCAAUUAUUUGCUAUUAGAGUAUGCCUUAAUUACACAGAAGUUUAAGAAUGAAAAUGUGUAUUUGUUGCCAUGUUUGUUUUACUUGAAGAGAAUUUACUGUCAUUGAUUUUUUUUUAACAUGUACUCACAAGUGAGUUAGUUUUCUUUUAUUUUAUAGAUUUUCUUGUAUUGUAAACACUCCCAUUAUAGUAUUUAACAAUGUUAUUGUUAUGUGCAGUGUAUGAAAACCAGAAAUAAACUAAAUUGCAAAUGGAAA